AUGACCUCCAGCACACCUCCUCCACACCUGGACCUCCGGUCCUUCCUCGAUGCCCUGCGAUCAGACGACGACCUUGCAGACAUCAAUGCUGAGGUUGACCCUCACCUCGAAGUCGCCGCCAUCACAAGGCGCGCAUACGAGGUGCAAUCAAAGGCUCCCCUCUUCAAUAAUGUGAAAGGCGCUCAUGACGGCCUAUUCCGCAUCCUCGGUGCCUCUGGUGGUCUAUCCAGCGAUCCCAAGUACCCUUACCGCCGACUCGCGAGACAUGUCGGUCUGCCACCAACAGCCAGCCUAGGAGACUUCAUCGACAAAAUGCUCUCCGCCAAGGGCAAGGAUGGGAUUGCUCCGGUCCACGUGGAGACCGGACCGUGUAAAGAGAACAAGCUGUUUGGUGACGACAUCGACCUCACCAAGCUCCCCGCGCCGCUGCUCAACAAGGCCGAUGGCGGCGAUUACAUCCAGACCAUGGGAAUCAACAUCGUGCAGCACCCGACCCAACCGUGGGUCAACUGGUCCAUCGCCCGCGCCAUGGUCCUCGACAAAACCCGGAUGGUCGGGCUCAUCAUGAAGCCGCAGCACAUUGCCCGCAUCUAUGAGCAGUACAAAGAAUCUGGCAAGGAUAUGCCGUACGCUAUUGCUUUAGGUGCUCCGCCUAUCGCAAUCAUGGCCUCCAGCAUGCCACUUCCUGAGGGGGUCACCGAGUCCGAAUACGUGGGUGCUUUGUGCGGGGAACCUCUUGAGCUCGUCAAGUGCGAAACGAACGAUCUCUACGUUCCGGCUCGGAGUGAAAUCAUUAUUGAGGGCACCGUCUCCAUCACUGAACGGGCCAAGGAAGGUCCCUUUGGAGAGAUGCACGGAUAUAGCUUCCUGGACGAAGAGUGGGAGCAGCCCAUCUACAACGUCACUGCGAUAACCUAUCGCAACGGCAACGCAAUCCUUCCCAUAUCUGUCCCUGGUCGCGCGACAGGACCGGAUGAGACGCACACUCUGAUCGGCACACUCGCCUCUGCAGAAAUCCGACAGCUACUACAGGAGAAUGGCCUCCCUGUCCUCAAUGUCUUUACCCCCUACGAGACGCAAGUCAUCUGGGCUGCGGUGCAAGUCGACCGGAAGAAACUGUGGGCGCUGGAAACCAACGCCGAGGCCUUCUGCAGGAAGAUCGGGGACCUCGUUUUCCGGCGGAAAUGCGGCAUGCAGAUCCAUCGCCUCCUCAUUGUCGGGGAUGACAUUGACCCUUUUAACUUCAAGGAUGUCAUCUGGUCGUAUGCGAGUCGUUGCCGGCCCGGGAUGGAUGAGUAUCAUUUUGAGGAUGUCGCUGCCUAUCCACUUGUGCCGUACAUGUCGCAUGGUCCGGGGACCAAGUUGACUGGCGGCAAGGUUGUUGCCAACUGUCUGCUGCCCCAUGAGUAUAACCAGGAGCAGCUGUGGGUGACUUGUGAUUUUGAGAACGGGUAUCCCGAAGAUGUCAAGGAGCGGGUUCUACGCAGAUGGACGGCGUUUGGUCUGUAG